AUGAAAUUAAAACAUUUCUUAAUUUUUUUAUCAAUAAUUACACUUGUAACAUUACCAAUAAAAUCAAAUGUUAUAACUUUCACAGAAAAAGAAACUACAGAAUUUCAAGUGGCAGACAUUUUGAAAUAUGGAGAUAAUACGAUAGUUUUGCAAAUAGUUCGCAAUUUAAGUGGUGGAAAUUGUUUUGAAACAAAAAUAUCAUUUCGCGUUAUUUAUCCCAAUGGUACUAUUAUACCAAUCGAUCUUUCAAUGGAAGAAUUGGAGAUACAAUCUUUCAAUUUUUGUACCGUUGAUGGAUUUAACCCUAUUACUCUUAAAGCCAUAGAAACAAAAAAAGGUAUACUCAAUAGUAAAACUUUAAUGGGGCCUUCUCUUAUUGACUCAAGUAAUAAUAAUACAUGGGUGCCUCAACAAUCUUUUAUUUAUCCAAAUGUUAAUAAUGAGCAAGGAUUUCUCUACUUUGCAAUAUUAUCGAGUGGUCUUAAUGAUGUCAAUAGUAAUUAUAACGUGUCGCAAUGGAUAAUAAAUGAAGACGGAAUUUUUAGCAAUAUUGCAGCAAUGGUUUUAACUCUUCAAAUGCGUCCUGCUAUAGUUUCAACAGUGGAUGGAGGUUACAUGUUUAUUUAUCCUAAUUUUACAACCUCCCAGGAUCCUUAUUCUUCACAGAAUGGGCUUUACGCCAUGUAUUGUGGAUAUGGAAGUAAUAAAAUGCGAAAACAAGUUAUUCUUUAUACUUUUAUAAUGGAAUUAAAUAUUAUUGGCCUUAAUUGUGUUAUUAUCUCUAACUCGGAAGUUGGGCAAAUUUGUUUGAUAAUCAUAGAACCUAAUUCCACCGAUCCAAAUCCAAUCCCUUUUUUUAUUCAAGUUAAUUAUUUUUCAGGAGGAUCUGUAUUUGAUGUCAAACAUGUAGAUGCCACACCGCCCACAAGUAUAGGUAUUAAUGAACUUACCGAUCCUCAAUUUAUAAUUACGCCAUUACCAUUUGGAGGUUAUUUCUAUAGUGUUGUUCAAACAACCAAUAUGAGUAGUGAUAUUUGGGGCUAUGUUUUGGAUGAAAAUGGAAAUUUUAAUCGAUGGAACCUUUCAUAUCCUACCCUGUCAGAUUCUAAUGCUUCCCCCCAACUUUUAACAAAUAACACUCUUGUAAUGCUUCAACCAAUAGUAGGACAAAAUUGGAGUUUAAUCGCCACUGAUUUGUAUAAAAUUCAUGAAGAUAAUGGUUAUGAUAAUAUGUUCAUCAGAAAUACAUCUCCGACCAUUCAUCAAACUAUCACCGCACGUGAAACUAAUCCCCUUAAAAUUACAUAUACAAUUCCUAUUGGUUUAUCAAACGGCACAAUUACAAUUUUUCAAAGUAAUGGCAGUUCUAAUCCUGGAAUUGUACGUCAAACCAUUAACGGCUUAAAUAACCAAAAUUAUGUAACGCUUGAUAACGAUACCGUUAGUAUUGAUAUAAUUGAAAGUACAUUUAAUAAUCCUGGUUCAACGUAUUAUGUUAUGAUUGAGAAUAAUUUUGUUUCGAGUCUAUUAUACAAUGAACCUAUCCCUGGUUUAUCUAGUAAUAUUUGGUCUUUUACAACGUUACCAGAAGAAAAAAAAGAAAAAGUAGGAAGUAAAAUUAAAAUGUUUUUUGAUGGCAUUUAUGGAAAAGUUAGAUUGACCAAAAACGGAACUUCUUACUUUGACACUCUCAAUCCCAAUCAAAAAAAUAAAUUCUUUGAUAACUUAACACAAGAAUUGGCCGAUGCAGUCGCUGUCACAUCAAAACGAAUAACCACCAAUUAUAGAUUUGUGAUCGACACUGAAAGUUCUUCAAAACAAUAUCUUUUAUCCAUUAAGAUUGAUAAACCACAAUCUGCAUCAGAUAGGGAGACUAAAUUAAUCACUAAAGAUUUAGAUGCUAUGAUCCAGAAUAUGGACAUCACUGUUCUUGAAUCUGGAAGUUCUUCGAAAUACUUGGAUCCACUCUAUGGAUAUGUGACUAUUCCCAGGUGGUAUGAGAAUUCUGACAAUAUGUUCCAAUUUAUUUUAACAGUUAUAUUCUUUUUGAUAUUGACCAUACUUUGCAUCAUUUCUAUAUAUUAUGAUGCAAAAAAAGUAAUAAGUGGCGCAAAUAGUAGCGGUAGUGUUAGGAAAGCUUUUUUUCAAAUAAUGAAAUCGGAUAUAUGUAAAUUAAUUAAAUUAAUCCAAUCUGUAAAUUUAUUUAAGGGGAAGGAGGGUAAUGAGGGAAAUGAGGAUAAGAGAAAAUAUCAUAAAAUAGUUCUUGUAAUGUUGAUAUCACUAGCUCUAGAUAUAUUUAAUUUUCAAUUUUGUGGAUAUAAACUUAACGUUAACGUUAAGUUAUCUAAAGAAUUUGAACAAAGGAUUAUUAUUGGAGAAUUUAUUGGUAUGAUUAUUAAAGAUAUACCCGACCUAGCUUUUAGAAUUUACUUUUUGAGUAAAGCGAUUGAUUUUAGUUAUUUAUCCAUUAUUACUCCUUUAGCAUCUGUUUUAAAAAUCCUAAGUCCUUUUACAAACCUCCCAAAAUUAAUGAAAACUAGAAAUGAUGGUUCUUAA